GGCAGCGGCGCAGGCCCCCGCGCCGCCGGCCCCAGAAGGAGCCUGGGAAGCGCAGCCCCCUCCCGCUCCAAGCCGCGGUUCCCGUAAAGCCAGCUGGGGGCGGCUGGUUCACCGCUGGGGCAGCUGGCGAGCACGGAGUCGGGCCAGUCCCCGCUAACCCACACGGCAGCCCGGCCCAGCUGCUAAAACUCCCAGUUUCCCAAUCCCUGGUGAGCGAGCGGGGAAGGGAGGGCUCUGCAUGCGGCGUGUGCCCCGCUUCAGGUGCCUUCCCCUAGCCAGGCAAGACGCCUUCGUAGCGAGCCCGCGGCUACCCAGCCCCCGGCAGCUCCAGCAGCCAAGGCAGAGAAGGUGGAUAACUGAUGGAUAAUUUUGUGCUUUGGACAAUAUUCCUCUACACGGCGUUGUGCUUCAGUAUAUACCAAGGUCAAGAAAUCCAGGAAUUUCCACCUACAUUCCUUAAAGUUUCCAAGAAUUUGCCUCUGCAGCGUUUGUUGGUGGAAUGGGAUGUUAGUGACUCAGCCCACAAGUUUGAACUAGAAAUGGUUUUUGACAUUCAAGUUAGUCGAACUGAAGAAAUGAAUGUUGUCUGGACAGAGUAUUAUAACACAACUCUCAGUAAACUGAAAAAAACUCUGCACUGGAGUUGGGAUUCAGAAUUACCUUUGGAAUGCUUGUCCCACUCUGUAAGAAUCAGGAGCAUGGUGAAUGAUGAAAGAUUCUCUAAACUCUGGAGUCGCUGGAGUCAGUGGGAGACUGUGCUGGGCCUAGAUACUUCAGAUGACAACACACCAUACAUCUUCCCAGAAGAUAAAGUUGUAGAGGAAGGUUCAAAUGUCACUUUUUGCUGCAUUGGAGGCAAAGAUAGCAGAAUUGAGUAUCUUUUGUUUAAUUACACUGAUUAUUAUUACCCAGAUUCAAACACCAGCCAGCAAAACAUGGUGAUUACUAUGAAGAAGGUGUUGCAUGCAGAAGUGCCUGGCAUUCCUGUCUUUUGUAAAAUCUCUGGUAAAGAAAACAAAAAAUACAGUGCAACGCUUCUCUUUGUGGGCAAACCACCUUAUGAGCCUGAAGAUAUUUCCUGUGACACUCGGGACAUUAAGACAUUAACUUGUACUUGGAAUCCAGGAAAAAAUACCUAUCUUUAUGGGGCUCAUUCAACAAAAUACCACUUGUUUGAAAGGUUUUCCCAAAAAACAUUUUGCUACCAAGAAACAGCACACUAUCUAGAACCCAUCCAUUGUUCUUGGGCUAUAGACCAGCAGAUGAUAUACAACCUAACACUGACUGCCCAAAACCCUCUUGGAAAGAGAAGUGCUAAUUUUGUCCUUGAUGUAGCUCACAGAGUUCAUCCAUAUCCCCCCUCUGACCUUUCUGUGGAACAUAUGAAAGCCACAGAAGUCAGUUUAUACUGGCGUAUGCAGCCCAAGUACAAAGCAAUUAAGCUGCUAUGUCAGAUUGAAAAUCGCCACCCAAGUGGGCAAGUGGAACUGCACAAUAGUUCACCUGUUCAGUCAAAUUCAUAUCCACACCUCACCCUAGGUGGCUUGCAGCCUUUCACCUAUUACACCUUUAGAAUGCGCUGUGGUGCAGCUAGCCACUUCUGGAAAUGGAGUGAAUGGAGCAAAACCCUCAGAGUCAGAACAAAUGAAGCAGCUCCCUCAGGGAAACUUGAUGUCUGGAGAGAAGUUACCCCAGUUUUGGGAGGACGGAAUGUGACCUUAUUCUGGAAGCCAUUACCAGACUUUAGAGCUAAUGGUGGAGAUAUUUCAUUUGAGAUAACCUGGGAAAAGUUAAAGAAAGCCUCUGAACUUGAACACAUCUCCAUUUCUGCAUUACAAAACAGUACAACAAUUUCCAUCGAUAACCAUUCCUACAAAAUCAGCGUGGCAGCAAGGAACAAUAUUAAUUCUUCACUUCCUUCAGUGAUGAUCAUCUCCCGAGCGACAGAUAAUGGUGCUGAAGAAAAGGUUGAUCGCACUGACCUUGAAGAAGAAAGAGUUAAUGGCACAGUUGAUGGCAUUUAUAUUUCUUGGAAGGCCACAAAUGCAUUUGAUGGAUACAUUGUCGAUUGGUGCAACUUUCCGAGGUCCCAGCAUUGUGACUUUCAGUGGAAGAGAUUCGAUUUCAACACCUCCAGUUGUUUUAUCAAGUCAGCUGCUUUCAUGCCUGGGGUCAGAUACAACUUCAGGGUUUAUGGAUCUCUAGCUAAUGAAGAUUUUUUCCUGGGGAAGAAGGUUGGGUAUACCAAAGAACUGGCUCCUAGACUUAACCCUCAAGGGGAAAUAGCUGAGAUGACCUCCCAUACUGUGACCGUAACUUGGGAUUCUUAUCCCGUAAAUGAGUCACAGCCUGGAUUCAUAAGAGGUUAUCAUGUUUAUGUGAAAACCAUGGAAGAAGAAUGCAGUUUGAAGGGAUCAGCAAAACAUGCUCUUUCAGAUGGUUCAGUCCUAUGUAAAUACACUAUAGAAAACCCAGAAGAAAAGAGAUACGUGGUGAAACACCUGAUGCCAGAAACAACAUAUGCACUGGCAGUUAAAGCUUACACUGGAGGAGGAGAGACCCCCAUUGAUGCCUAUAUAAACGUAGAUACACUACAUGACUCAAAGAUUUACCUUCCAGUUCUGCUAGUGAUCAUUCCUUUUGUAGUAAUAACUGCUGUGUGCUUCUGGAAAAUCAAGUGGGUGAAGGAUUGCUGUUAUCCUGAAAUUCCCAAUCCUAACAAGAGCCAAGUCCUCUCAUUUAAUGGAUUAAAGCUUAAUUCUGAAGCAGUACUGAAGCUAAGUGACUGCAUUCCUGAUACUGUAGUAUUGGAGAAUACAUCAGAAGCCAAUACACUACAGCUGAGGAGCCAUGGGACUAUUUUAGAAAGUGAAAGCAAAGUUAUCAAUCCUUCCUGGGUGUAUUUUAUUCAAAAUGAAGUGGGAAAUUUGAUGUGCACACAGUCGGCUCCAGAAGCUUGCACUUCAUUUGAAAACUUAGCCUAUUCUUCCCAGACUGCACUUGGUUCCAGCCUCUAUCAGAACCUGUGGAUGUCAGAAAAGAGUGAGCCACAGUUGUCUAUCUUGUUGUACCAGCCACAGCAUUACAUUGAAAUUCUGAGUAAAGACACUGUCACAUCAUUAAGAGAAAUCACUGAGAGAGAAGGUAGUUUGAGAUAUAUUUCACAAAUGGAAGUACCUCGUUCUGAGGCUAAGUUGAGUGAUUUGCCCCAUUUCACUGAGCCCAAAGAACAUUCAAGUUACAAAAUACAAACAGUCUUGGGUUCAGAGCUGGUCACAUCUACAUCUGAUGAAGGCAUUCAGAGUCAGGACAGCUCUACUUCUAGCAACUCAACAGCGUUAUUGCUUCCAGGCCGGCAUUAAAAACUGACCUGCACAUUUAAACAAUCCAUAUGCUGCAGUUCAAUCAGAAGUUAAGGGCAUUAAGUAGGAAUUACAGGGUGAGAUGGUAUGGCCUGUUGUAUCUACACAUUCAGAUCACAGCUGUCUCUUCUGGCCCUAAAAUCUAUGAAUGCGAGAGAUAAGAUGCACCAUGAUUUGUGCAAGGUCACUAAACUACAACAGAGAACAUUUUCAUUCUCUGAUCACAGCCAAGGGACACCCUUCACAUGUAUUAUCCGGCAUGGACUUAUUGCAUUGCUGACGCUAGCAUAGAAGGCAUGUAUUGUGAACCUCAGCAUGGAACAUUACUCCUAACUUUGAACUCCCUGGCUUUGAUUGGUUGGGGUCAGAAUGUUAGUUAACUGUGUUUAUUUAAUUUUCCACAUAACAGUAAUAAAAAAAAAUUGCCACGAAAGAUCAGCUGAAGCCUUCAUUCUGGGGGCUAAGUGCUUAAAGGAAUUUAUUGUGGUACACAGCACUAGCUGCACCUUUGACCCUUCUCUGGGCUCUCUGAGUGCACCCCUUCAGGUGCUAGGCCCCAUGCCUUCACCACCUGCCUCUAGGGGGAAUCCCAUGAUUCUCUCACUCUAAGACUGAAUCUCAGGCAACAGCCCUCCUUCCGUGUACCAAUCAUGAUUGCCCAACUGGGUUCGGCCUUGCAAACCCUGCAGCAACUCUGAUCAGAAGUGAAUAUCAGGACCCAGAAUGGCCUUUUCAGAAACAAAGGAUUGUUUCAUCUCAACAGUAGAAACAAAGCAUAACAAGAGCAAGGGUGUUUUAACACAAGAAUUACAUACAUCUCAAUUUUACCUAAGCUUAGGGUCCAGGCACCCUCACUUCUGACUGCUGAGUUCAGUCUGCAGCUCAGUCCUGGUCUACAUUACGAGUUUAGGUCGAAUUUAGCAGCAUUAGAUCGAUUUAACCCUGCACCCGUCCACAAAACGAAGCCAUUUUUGUCGACUUAAUAGGCUCUUAAAAUCCAUUUCUGUACUCCUCCCCGACGAGGGGAUUAACGCUGAAAUCGACAUCACAGAGUCAAAUUUGGGGUAGUGUGGAUGCAAGUCGACAGUAUUGGCCUCCGGGAGUGCUCCAUUGUGACCGCUCUGGACAGCACUCUCAACUCGGCUGCACUGGCCAGGUAGACAGGAAAAGCCCCGCAAACUUUUGAAUUUCAUUUCCUGUUUGGCCACUGUGGCAAGCUGAUCAGCACAGGUGACCGUGCAGAUCUCAUCAGCAGAGGUGACCAUGGAGUCCCAGAAUCGCAAAAGAGCUCCAGCAUGGACCGAACGGGCGGUAUUGGAUGUGAUCGCUGUAUGAGGAGACGAAUCUGUGCUAUCAGAACUCUGUUCCAAAAGACGAAAUGCCAAUAUAUUUUCAAAAAUCUCCCAGGGCAUGAAGGACAGAGGCUUUAACAGCAGUGCCGCAUGAAACUUAAGGAGCUCAGGCAAGCCUACCAAAAAAAAACAAAGAGGCAAACGCCCACUCAGAGUCAGAGCCCCAGACAUGCCGCUUCUAUGAUGAGCUGCAUUCAAUUCUAGGGGGUGCCCCUACAACUACCCCACACCUGUACGUGGACUCCUGCAAGGGAGUCUCAUGCAACAGGGAUGAGGAUUUUGGGGACAAGGAAGAUGAGGAGGGGGAGGUUGAAGAUAGCGCACACCAGGCAAGCGGAGAAACAGUUCUCCCUGACAGCCAGGAACUGUUUAUCACCCUGCAGCCAAUACCCUCCCAACCUGGGCUUCCGGACUUUGAAGGCAGAGAAGGCACCUCUGCUGCAAAUGUUUCAACGCUGCCACUAGCAUCUCCGUCCCAAAUGCUAGCGCAGAUAAGAAGCCAAAAAAAAGUACUCGUGCCGAAAUGUUCUCUGAGCUCAUGCAGUCCUCCCACACUGAAAGAGCCCAGCAGAAUCUGUGGAGCAGACAAUGUCAGAGUCCAGAAAAGCACAAAAUGAACAUGAGGACAGGAGGGACACGUGAAAGGACAAAUGGCUGGAGCAACAGGAGAGGUGGCAGCAGUGUGAUGAGAGGAGGCAGGAUGCAAUGCUGAGGCUACUGGGGGGAUCAAACUGAUAUGCUCCGGUGUCUGGUUGAACUGCAGGAAAGGCAGCAGGAGCACAGACCACCACUGCAGCCCCUGUGUAAUCAACUGCCCUCCUCCCCCAGACGCCCAAGAACGCAGUAGGGGUGGCCCCUCCGGGCACCCAACCACUCCACCCCAGAGGACUGCCCAAGCUACAGAACGCUGGCAUUCAAUAAGUUUUGAAGUGCAGUGUGGCCUUGUCCUUCCCUCCUCCCCCACCCCACCCGAUGCUUCCGUCCUGGCCCACCCCUCCCAGGCUACCUUGGCAGUUAUCCCCCUAUUUGUGUGACGAAUUAAUAAAGAAUGCAUGAAUUUGAAACAAUGACUUUAUUGCCUCUGCAAGCGGUGAUCAAAGAGGGGGGAAGGGAGGGCGGUUGGCUUACAGGGAAGUAAAGUGAACCAAGGGGGUUGGUUUUCAUCAAGGAGAAACAAACCGAACUGUCACACCAUAGCCUAGUCAGCCAUGAAACUAGUUUUCAAAGCUUCUCUAUUGCGCAGUGCGCCCUGCUGUGCCCUUCUAAUUGCCCUGGUGUCCGGCUGUGCGUAAUCAGUGGUCAGGCAAUUUGCUUCAACUUCCCACCCUGCCAUAAACAUCUCCUUACUCUCACAGAUAUUG